AAAGAAAGAAAAUCAGGAGAAAAUAUGUGUAACUGGUCUAACAGAACUUUCAUAUGAUGACAGAUCACCCUAGUCUGCACCUAAUGGACAGCUGAGUGAAAAACAGCUGCUGCAAACAGUAGGUAGAUUGAUGUAAUCAGAGACUCUACAACUGCUCAAUAGCAAUGUAUUGCUUUACUUCCACAGUGAGUCAAAAGCAGUGUCAGUGAACACUGCUUACACCUGCCUGUAAAAUUUCUGACUUUUCAGGUAAGCAGUUGGAAGUGACAUGAAUGACAUAAUGGAAAGGAGUUGAGGUGUUUCCUCCAGGCUAAACUUAUUAAUUCCGAGGUAGCCUAUUCAUAAAUCUACCUGACAGCAGGGUGGAAUAUAUGGACAAUGUACUCUCUAUGUGUUCUCUAGCAACUCAGUGAGCUAGGCCUGCACUGAGAGAGCUACACAGACAUCUCGCCUGUUUGAAGAAGGCAUCUGUUGAGAAUAUGGUCGCCAAAAAUGGCACACAAUGGCAGUGGGACUUCCAUCCUGCAGACUCGCCUCAUAGAAAUGGAGCAGCCGAGGCAGCGGUUAAGCUUAUUAAGAGAGCUCUUCACAGCCUUUGUGGAUCAACUGGCUGCUACACCUGGGGAGAAUUCCAAACCCUUCUUUACUCGGCAGCUAACUUGACUAACGAUCGACCUAUUGAUGCCAAGGCACAGGAGCAGGAAGACGCGGUGGAGUAUUUGACUCCUAACUCCCUUAUUCUGGGACGUACUGGACUGGGAGGAGAUAUGCAUGGAAUCAACAUGGAAUUUCACCCUUGGCGGAGGCUGAAAGCUGUCCAAGCUGGAAUAGACAAGUUCUGGUCUAAGUGGAGUGAGCUUGCAGGUCCAAACUUGUUCAUUCGGCACAAGUGGCACAGAGCGGAGAGGUGCGUCAAAGUUGGAGAUAUUGUUUGGUUAGCAGACCAGAAUGCUCUGAGGGGACAGUUCCGACUUGGCCGAGUCGUCGCUUCAUAUCCUGAUAAGAAAGGGAUUGUCCGGGACGUGGACUUGAAGAUCUGCAUGGGACUUCUCAGCUCCCAUGUAUCUAGGGUCCGGAAAGAAAACUUUGAAUUGCCUACAACCAUCGUCCUUCGCAGGGAUGUGCGGAGGCUGGUGGUUCUAAUUCCAGUUGAGAACCUACAGAAGCAGGAUAAGUCCUUGCCAAGGGUUACCUAAGAGACUAUGUUGUUUAGUUAGUAGAUAAACCUGGGAGGCAACUGAGUUAUUAGAGGGCAAACCUACACUCAGUAGGAGGAAAGGUGGUGGUGCCUCCCUCCUUAGUUAGCUUUGUGUUUUCAUUGGAUCCGUGAGGAGCAACUACCCUUGAUGGUUGAGACACUACUGAGAAACUCUAAUGUUAAUUGUGGCCUCUUUAGAUCCUUUGAUCAAUCGGCCAAGUGGGAGGUGUCAAGACUUUGAUGGUUAUUUAAAGCGCUUCAUUUUAUUUUGAAAAGUCAGUGUUACUUCCUGUGCAGUUGUUCACGGCAGGUGUAUUCAGGGUUUAACGGAAGCACAUAGCCCAUUGGUUUAUGACCUGUGGUUACCUGUGGUCACCUGUGGUCAUUUGAACAUAAAUAAAUAAAUAAAAGAAGACCAAGGAUAAACACGAGUUAUAGCUUCAGUGUGCUUCCUGUUGAGCCUUUUCGGAGGGCAAAAU